AUGAAUGAGGAGGGGGAAGAAAUGGGACUUGAUCUGAUCAGAACAAUAAAUCUAAAUAGUAGUUUACUGCAACAAGUAAUAGAAAGAAAACGUGAAGUGCUGUGCAUCUUGAGAGAAAAGAUAAUAACAACUCAGAAGUGUACGAUAUCUGAACAUAUCCAGACUGAAGAAAAAGUCAGUGGUGUGAUGGGAUGCAGUAGAAAAACAGUAAAGGUUUCAGUGAGUGAAAAUGGAAGUAUGCUGAAGGAUUCUAGUGUGAUCCUUGAAAUUCCUCCUGCAACCACUAUUGCCUAUGGUGUAAUUGAACUCUUUGUAAAACGCAGUGGCCAGUUUGAAUUCUGUCUGCUAGAUGAACAGCAAGGAGGUUUUGAAAAAGAAAGCACAGAAGGCUCAACUUAUCCCCAUUCAGCACUGUUCCGAGAUGCUUUGUUUCUCUAUCAGCCAGAUGCUGUCGAUAAUGAGAUGUACUCUGAGGCUAAAGACCUCAUUCCUAGUGAUGCUUCUUUAAGUGUGCUGAAACAAGAUCUGUCACGGUUGAAGACUCAGUUCCAGCCCUUUGUGAAGCUGCAGGAAGACAAGCAAAGAGCUUUAUAUAAAACCCUUUGUGAACUCUUGCUCCGUGAAGAAAUGGUAACUGCCCUGGAGGACAUGUUAGAUGCUAUCUGCACAGGAGACAAGCCAGAUCUGAAGGAGUUAAAACCUGCACAACAAGGAGACCUCACUGACUUCUUGCAGCUCUUAGGUUACAGUUUACAGAGUGAGCUGUUGCAGAAAUAUCAGCCUCAGGAUGAAGAACUCUUCUCAGCUGCUCACCUGCUCAUCAGUGCUAUCUCUGAGCUGCCUGAUUACACUCUCGUCCUUCUGCGGGCCUGCUGUGAUCUUCAGGUUGUUCCGGCAUUGUGUUGUUUGCCUAACAUCGCUUCAGCCGAUGGCACCGUGGCGCUGAGCAGUCCUUUGGUGGCUACUCUCACUGACAGGGGAAGAUUCGAUGUCGUGCAAAGGCUGUUUGCUUCAUCAAACAUUAAUUUGGAAAUGACAGAGUCUUCUGUAAAAGCUGUAACUAUGAAAGAACCUAGAUUCUUCCCGCUUGUUCUUUAUGUUGCAUUAUAUGGAUUUUACGCAUUAGCUGGGAAUGUAUAG